AAUGGCCCCACAACAAGAUCAGCAGCAACAACAGCAAUUUGCUUUGCUACCAAAAAUCAUCAACGGCGGUAUUGCCGGCAUCAUUGGUGUAUCAUGUGUAUUCCCGCUGGAUUUGGUCAAAACUCGCCUGCAGAAUCAACAGGUGGGUCCAAAUGGCGAGAAAAUGUACAAAAAUAUGUUCGACUGUUUCCGCAAAACAUAUCGUGCCGAAGGUUACUUUGGCAUGUAUCGUGGUUCCGGUGUCAACAUCCUGCUCAUCACUCCUGAAAAAGCCAUUAAACUAACGGCUAAUGAUUAUUUCCGCCAUAAAUUGACCACCAAAGAUGGUCAACUGCCAAUGACUAGUCAAAUGAUUGCUGGCGGUUUGGCGGGUGCAUUCCAAAUUAUUGUUACCACCCCUAUGGAACUGUUGAAAAUUCAAAUGCAAGACGCUGGUCGUGUUGCUGCCCAGGCGAAGGAGGCUGGUAAAGUUGUGGAGAAAAUUUCCGCCACCAAAUUGGCUAGUCAAUUACUGAAAAGAAAAGGUAUUUUCGGCCUGUACAAGGGUAUUGGUGCUACCGGCCUGCGUGAUGUUACCUUUUCGAUUGUGUAUUUCCCAUUGUUUGCAACACUUAAUAAAUUCGGUCCACGCCGCAAUGAUGGUUCUGGUGAAGCUGUUUUCUGGGUUUCAUUCUUAUCUGGUUUGGCUGCCGGUUCAUUUGCUGCCCUCUUUGUUAAUCCCUUCGAUGUGGUGAAAACUCGUCUGCAGGCCAUUAAGAAGGCUGAUGGUGAAAAGGAAUUUAAGGGCAUUAUGGAUUGUAUAACCAAAACCAUGAAAUAUGAAGGACCCACAGCCUUCUUCAAGGGUGGCCUUUGCCGUAUGAUUGUGAUUGCUCCACUGUUUGGUAUUGCCCAAACUGUAUACUUUUUGGGUGUAGCCGAGGGAUUGCUGGGUGUUAAGAAAUCAUCUUAA